ACACUACGCCCCACUCCCAUCAAUCCAAAUCCAAACAGCACCCCAUGGCGUCGACGAUGCGCCGCCGUGCCGACUGGUUCCUCCACGACUGGGUCGACAGGCUCGACACUCAGCGGCCGCCGACUCCGACUCCGACACCUCCGCCUCCCCGCCCCGCCUCCAGCUCCAAGGCCGGCCGCGGCGGAGCCUCUCCUCCUUCGCCGCCGCGGCGAGCGCCCCGAGUACCUUCCCCGCCACGCCCGUCGGCGCGGCGGGGCCAGGGCCAGUUCCACUACGGGAUCCAGUCAGCCGCGCCACCGCACCGGCUCCAGGCGCGCGUCACCUCCCCGGCGGACCACCGGAACGCCUCCGCGUUCAGGCAGGGGAAUCCGACCUCGCGCUCGCUUCUCCACGGAGGACUGGGCGUCUUCAAUCGGUUCGCUCUCUUGGCGAGUGCGAGCGACUAUGAGAGAGAGUUUCCGGUGCUGACUGCUGCAACUGCAAGCAUCAGCGACAAGGACGCGAAGCAGCGGGGGCAAUCUCCUAAAGCUAUCAAGCAUACGAACGGCAAGCUCCGGGGACGAGGCGUUAGGAGGGCUCCGCAGGUGCAGCACGUUAGGAAGGCCGUCGCCGAGCCCGCGGUCAAGGGAGACGCCCAGCUGGUGGUCAAGGGCGACGCCGAGGCGGUGAUCAAGGCCAAGGGCCACGCCGAGCUGGCGAAGGGCGAGAGCGAGGGCCACGCCAAGGCGGCGACCAAGGCCGAGGGCCACGCCGAGGUGGCGGUCAAGAGCGACAAGGCCGCACGCAAUGUCCCCGACCUCGCCAGCGAGCUCAAUGGCCAGGACUUCUUCGUCGGCUCGAUUCUCGUAAGAUGCGGCGCCCCAGUUUCCGUUGUCGCCGGAGGUGCUGAGGGCUGCCGUCGCGGAGGGCCUGCCGGAGGCAGUGGAGGAGGACCUGCUGGAGGUGGUGAUGGAUGCGGUGGUGGAGGGCCAGCACCCGAUGGCGGCGGAGGCGGUGUGGGAGGAGGAGGACCGGCCGAUGGCGGCGGGGGUGGUGGGGGAGGAGGACCCCCCGGUGGCGGCGGAGGCGGCCCUGGUGACCCCGCCUCCCCAACCACCCUAUCCACAGCGUCUUCCGUUCGCCAGAUGCCAACGGGCAGGCUGUGGCGUCGACGCCCUGUUCUUCUGCUCGGAGUGUGGGCUGGUUUGCUGUCCGGAGCACGUCUGCCCGGACUGCACCGUGCCACUCUCCGAGCUGCCGGCGCCUCGUCUCUCGGUGCCGCAGGUACAAAUCUACCAGCCCUUUCAGUACCCACCCACUCUUCAGCUCUUCGUCGGCGCGUCGCGUGUGGGAAAUCGCGUUAGUCACUACUUUGCAAGACCCCAGGAUGUGUUUGGGCACGGUGAUAUCAUUGCUGGAGAAGCGCAGCACUUUGACAUGCAGGGUCUUUGGAUGGUUAGAUCUGUCCGCGAGGCGCCCUGCAUUCUCCGGAGGGUACACAUGUUUCCGGAGCCCCAGUUUUACUCAUGGUAGAUACUGUCUUGUAAGCAAGCGCCGUGCAACAUCUAGAAACUGGGUUUUUGCGUCCAGUGAUGAAUGAUUUGUCACUAAAUUGAAUGAUGAAGGAUUGAUGUUUGCUGUGACAUUUCCCUUGCUUAUAGAUUAUAAAUUGAUAACUGCAUUUGGUGAGACAAAAUGCUGAACCGAA